ACGUACUGCGUCCUCCCGUGUACUCCCGAGUCGAACUAUCCAAGUCUGAACUUGCAAGUUUGCAAGUUCAGACUUGACCGUACUUGGUAUUGAGAAACGGCCAAGGAAACGACGCAAAUGAGGGAAUGGAGGAGGACAUUUAAGAGACUUGGGAUGUACCACAGGUAACCUCUCUCUCUCCAUUCCUGCUUCCGCAAAUCAACACGAAAUCUAGGGGAAAGUUUGACACUUGUCACGCCCAACCAGGGCAGUGACAGCUGUUUGUGUCUGUGCAAUCAGGUGAUCACUUCACAGAGGGAGACCUUUAACUAAGCAGCAUACUUUCUCCAUACUUUCUCCAUCAUGGAGUGGUCUGUGACGCUGCUGUUAGUGGGGCUCAUCACUGCUUUGGUCUGGAUGUUCAGACUGAAGAGCAGUAAACACGUUUGUUUACCUCCAGGACCGUCUGGUCUGCCGAUCAUAGGGAACCUGCUACAGAUGGACAAAAAAGCUCCGUUCAAAACUAUGCUAAAGCUCAGUGAAAGCUAUGGCCCCGUGAUGACUGUGUACCUGGGCCCUCAGUGCGCAGUGAUCCUGGUCGGGUAUGACGCUGUGAAGGAGGCACUGGUGGACCAGGCAGAUGACUUCAAUGGCAGAGGACCGAUUCCUUUCCUAAUGAGGGUUACCAGGGGCUAUGGUUUGGCGAUCAGUAACGGAGAGCGCUGGCAGCAGUUGCGGCGUUUCACCCUGACGACGCUGAGAGACUUCGGGAUGGGACGCAAGGGGAUGGAGGAGUGGAUCCAGGAGGAGAGCAGGCACCUGUUGGCCCGCAUAGAUGACACCAAAGCCACACCUUUUGACCCCACCUACUUCAUGAGCUGCACCGUGUCCAACGUGAUCUGCUGCUUGGUGUUCGGCCAACGCUUCAGCUACGACGACCAGAGCUUCCUCUCCCUCCUGCAGAUACUCACGGAGACCCUGAAGUUUGGCAGCAGUCCCUUUGGUCAGCUGUACAACAUCUUCCCUGGGUUGAUGGAGUGGCUUCCGGGGCGACAGCACAAAGUCUUCGCCAGAAUUGAAGAGCUGAGAGAGUUCAUUAUCAAAAAGAUCCAGGAGCACCAGGACACGCUGGAACCCGGCUCACCCAGAGACUACAUCGACUGCUUCCUCACGAGACUCAAUCAGGAAAAACACAUUCCCACAAGCGAGUUCCACUAUGAGAACCUGGUGGCAACGGUGCUGAAUCUGUACCUGGCAGGAACCGAAACCACCAGCUCCACUCUCAGAUUUGCACUGAGUGUGCUGAUCAAGUACCCCAAAAUACAGGAGAAUAUGCAGCAGGAGAUCGAAACUGUGAUUGGACAGCAGCGUUGUCCUUACAUGGAGGACAAGAAGUCCCUCCCCUUUACAGACGCAGUCCUCCAUGAAAUUCAGCGUCUCAUGGAUAUUGUCCCCAUGAGCAUCCCCCAUUACGCCCUCCGGGACAUCUCGUUCAGGGGUUACACAAUUCCUAAGGAUACGAUCAUUAUCCCCUUGUUGCACUCUGUGCUGAAAGACGAGAAACAGUGGGAGACCCCCUGGUCCUUCAACCCGCAGCACUUCCUGGACCAGAACGGCAACUUUAAGAAAAACCACGCAUUCAUGCCUUUCUCUGCAGGAAAGAGGGCUUGUGUCGGGGAGUCCCUGGCUCGCAUGGAGAUCUUCCUCUUCCUGGUGACACUCCUCCAGCGCUUCACCUUCUCUUGCCCCGGAGGACCCGACAGUGUCGAUCUCAGCCCAGAGCACAGCAGCUUCGCCAACGUCCCUCGCAGGUACAAGAUCAUCGCGACGCCCCGGGGGUAAUGGUGUUUUGAUUUGAAUUCACUCCUGUUAACUCUGAGGUUUGCCCAGCUGGUAAAUCCUCAGUUCAGCGGUCUUUAGACUGAACCCCCACUACACACAGAUCGGUUUAAGCGGUGCCAGAGAGAAAAACAAGGAUUUUUUUUUUGUAGUGUUAAUUUCCUUGACUCUAGCCAAUAAUAAUAAUAAUUGGAGGUUGACAUUUAAGACUAUGCCCUGUGGAACAAGUUAAUUUAAUCUAAUGUAAUCCUACCUGCUCACAUCAUGUUUAUACAUAUUCUGUUAGCAUGUCCAGUGAGUUUAUACUGGAGUUGUGUGUGUUUUCUCGUCUUGUAAAGGGUUGCGUUCAGAGAUGCAAUCAACUCACAACACUUUGACCCAGUAAAGUCCACUUUGCAAUCUGUUCUCCCGACAUGUGGCACAUUCCACCACAAGAGGGCACUCAUUCAACAGUUAACAGCCUCUCCAACAAUAAUCAAUUAUCACAUCUUGAGAUCUACCAAACAGUGUCUUUUGUAUUAGUUUAAAGAGUUGUUUAGGGCCAUUUUUUAUUACGUUUCCUCCCUUGUUUACUUUUGCUUUUCUUGCGGAAUUUUUAUUGAAUCACGAGAUAAAAACAUAAAGGGAAUUGUUUACGAAUGUAUUUAAUUGAUGAACAAUAAACACUGGAUGUUUUGUCCAAAUUCCAUCAAUCAUCUGGUGACCGACUCAGAGGCCAUUAACCACCGUGCUGAGGUGACGUGUAACACGGAAUUCCAUCUGUAAUUUGAUGAGUUCGAGGUCGGGUGAUUGAUCAAGCUGCGUGUCAGGGCUUUCAGUGUGUUAAUGCAUGUUCCAGUGUAUCACUGUCUUGUGUCUGAGCAACAGCGGGAUCGUCCAUGUCAAACUUGGGGGAUCGUUGUCAAACACUGAGGCUCUGAUAACUGUCAUGGCAGGUUUUUAUUAAACCUUGAUAAGACCCAGGAACUAACACAUCAGGUAUACAGCGAUAUAUGUGAAACAGUGUUAUGUAUUCAGUACUUUUUUGUCUUUUCUAACACUUAAAUAACACUAACGCUUAUUUCUUAAGCUAACAAUGCUUUUAUUCAUUCUGUAUUUUUUUUUAAUAAUAAUAAAAUGUAUCAGGAAAUAAACAUUAUUAGAAGUGAUUUAGUGUUGACUGAGAAUCUUGUUUAAAGGGUUAAUCCUAACAUGUAGUACAUAUUUUGUCGCCGAUAAGAACAUGAUCCGUUGUCAUUGACUGCACCACAAACAAAAAAACCAAAGUACUUUUGUCCAAUUGAUGACCACUGGUGAUUUUUAUGAGCCGUUUAAUAUCAUUUUAUAAAGACGUGAAAACCUGACACUUGCUGUAUUUUUUUAAAGUGUUUUGCCUAACCUGCAGCUUUAAACUAUUGUUUGU